AUGCGUAGCCGAAGCAAUUCCGGGGUACGCCUCGAUUACUAUCAGCGGAUAGUGCAUCGCUUAAUCAUGCGCCAUCAGCAACCAGUUACUGGGUUAUUUCCAGCUAGCCCACAAACUCAACACGCUUGGAUUCGCGAUAACGUGUACUGCAUACUGGCAGUUUGGGGUCUCUCAAUGGCAUACAAAAAAAUAGCUGAUCAGGACGAAGACCGUGCUAAGGCGUAUGAGUUAGAGCAGUGUUGUGUGAAACUCAUGCGCGGUCUGCUGAUGGCUAUGAUGAAUCAGAAGGAAAAGGUAGAACGCUUCAAAAUAUCGCAAAAUCCGCUGGAUUCGUUGCACGCGAAGUAUUCGAGUCGAAACGGGCAAAUCGUGGUUGGCGACAGUGAAUGGGGCCACUUGCAAAUCGAUGCCAUUUCGUUGUAUCUGCUUAUUCUGGCUCAGAUGACAGCUUCUGGACUACAGAUUGUAUUCUCGCUCGACGAAGUCGCGUUUAUUCAGAACCUUGUGUUCUACAUCGAGUCUGCCUAUUGCAUCCCGGACUACGGUAUAUGGGAACGAGGAGAUAAAUCGAACCAUGGUCAGCCAGAGCUCAAUGCUAGCUCGAUCGGUAUGGCGAAAGCAGCGCUCGAAGCCAUGAAUGAGCUAGAUUUGUUCGGUGCCCGCGGUGGCUCCGGUUCCGUGAUACACGUGCUGGCGGAUGAGGCGCAUAAGUGCCAAGCUGUGUUACAGUCAAUGCUGCCUCGUGAAUCCAACAGUAAAGAGCUGGAUGCAGGCUUGCUAUCGGUUGUCGGGUUUCCUGCAUUUGCCUGCGAUGAUCCUCAACUCAUCGAAACAACCCAGGAGGCAAUUAUAACACGGCUUCAGGGAAGAUAUGGUUGCAAACGAUUCCUGCGUGACGGUUAUAAGACUCCCAAGGAAGACAACACGCGGUUAUACUAUGAGCGCUGGGAGUUACGUAUGUUUGAGAAGAUAGAGUGCGAAUGGCCCUUGUUCUUCUGCUACCUCAUUCUGAACAAGGCGUUUCAAAACGACAAACAAGCCGUCGCUGAAUACUCGCAAAAGUUGGAAGAUAUUCUUGUCAAAACAGAGGAGGGCAUGAAGCUGAUACCGGAAUUAUACGCUGUACCGGACAAAGCGGUUGCUGCUGAGUAUCAGGCUCCCGGUAGCCAGCAACGAGUAGUCGUCGGACGCUGUCCGUUUCUUUGGGGUCAAUCACUCUAUAUACUUGGUAAACUGUUACAGGAGGGCUUUCUUGCAGUUGGAGAACUGGAUCCGCUAAACCGGCGCCUUGGUGCACAGAAAAAACCAGACGUAGUUGUGCAGGUGGUCAUUCUCGCCGAGGACAACGACAUUCGUGACAAGUUGGCUGAGCACGGGAUACAUGUUCAAACUAUCGCAGAUGUCGCCCCGAUUGAAGUACAGCCUGCCAGAGUACUUAGUCAUCUGUAUACGUACCUUGGACGAAACAAAAAACUUGGCUUAUCAGGUCGCAAAUCUCGCGACGUUGGAAUACUCAGCACAAGCAAGCUGUAUUCACUGAAAGAUCGCAUCUUCGCAUUCACACCGCAGUUCUCCGACGUGAACCGAUUCUAUAUUGCAUCGGACAACGAGCUCAUGAUUGACUUGCUGAAGGGAGAGAUUAACUUCCUGAAAUCAGCUUGGCAGAACCUGCUUGGCCGCCCUCUGCUCACAUUGGUGCUGAAAACUGUACAUCUAGAUAAUAACAAAGUUCCACUAGCUAUGAUCCAGACGAUGAAAAAAUUGAAAUCUGGCUAUAUCAGUGGUACUCGCGUAAUUCUUGGUAACUUGGGCGAUUUCAUCAACACUUCCGCCAUUACGGACCUUAGCUUUUUAGGUAGUCAGGAGGAUGGCUAUCCCGAUAAGCUGAACCCAGCUGUGCAAGCGUAUUUAGAUGAGCAUCUGUUGCGAUCCUUUAGUCACCGCGCUUCAACUACGUCAAUUCGCUCUUCUGGACUUCGACCGAAGAACCUUCGCCGUCGUAUGUCCGUGAAGGGUGCCAUCAAGAAGACACGCUCGAUCAACGUUGACUCGGAAACUCUUGGCAUGGAGGGUAAUGUUACCGAGCGACGUCUGUCUCACGUCACACCUCAGUGGCUCGAGCCAAAUCAGACAACUAUUGGAACUAGUGCUGCUGGAGGUAGCGGUGCUACUGCGGGCGGUUCGCCAGCAUCACGCGACCCGUCUCCUAAUACCCAAGUGCAACCUCGUUACGGUGAACGUGUUUCACUAGAUGACGACGGCAAAAAACUGCACAUUCAAACCUCGGCAACUGCAGCAAUGCCAAAGAUACAUAUUCAACCUCUGCCGAGACACCGUCCUACAACGGAGACGAAUUUCGAAAACACUGAAGUGGAAGAGUUGAUUGCCAUGCUGCGGGAAACAGAAAGCCUCGAGGAACAAGGCGAUAUUCUACAGCAUCUUGUGGAUACACAGGGACUUGAUUUUAAUACCGAGUUGACGGGUGGUGUUAAUGAAGAUUCCCCUUCCCAAGGCAUGUUGGAGGAAGGCAGGGUCGUGACGGUGCGUGGCCUGUUGAAGGGCCUGUAUGAAAAGGCCUGUCAGCAGAAGAUGUGGGGUCUGGUGCGUCAUACAGCCGGUAUGCUGGGAAAGCGUGUCGAGGACCUGGCAAAGGCAGUCACUGAUUUACUUGUCAGACAAAAACAGGUAACCGUUGGCAUGCCACCAAACAGCGAGCACACGAUCACAGCUCCACUGCCCGAGAUGGAACUACGCUCUGUGAUCCACGAAGCAUACGGUGACGACGAGAGUACGGCAAUGUUAUCCCAGGAGUUGCUCGUCUAUCUGGCGAUGUUUAUACGCACCGAGCCGCAGCUGUUUCAUGAAAUGCUGCGUCUGCGUGUUGGUCUCAUCAUCCAGGUGAUGGCGAAGGAGCUGUCGCGAACGCUCAACUGCGACGGCGAGCAAGCCUCCGAACAUCUACUCAAUCUGUCACCGUUCGAAAUGAAAAAUUUGCUGCACCACAUUCUCAGCGGCAAAGAGUUUGCCAUCAACAGUGUUGCUCGUGGCAACAUCUCCAUUGUGAGCUGCAAAUCAAGCAGGGUGAGCAAGAAAAGCCAAAUUGGCAUUGGCGAACCGGAGAGCACCGAGGGUUCCCUGAUUGAUGAUCGGCAGGGUCAAUGGCUGCGUCGUCGUCGACUUGACGGAGCACUCAAUCGCGUGCCACGUGACUUUUAUCCACGCGUCUGGACGGUUUUGGAGCGCUGCACAGGCUUAGCUAUCGAGGGGCGCAUCCUUCCACAGAGCCUCACGCAGGAAAUGACUCCAAACGAGCUCAAGUUUGCGCUUGAGGUCGAGACCGCAUUAAACACGAUCCCGCAGCCAGAGUAUCGGCAACUGGUCGUCGAGGCGUUGAUGGUGCUGACGCUCGUAACCGAGCACAACAUCCUUGCCUCGAUUGGUGACAUCAUCUACGUAGAGCAUUUGGUGCACAAAGCAAACCAGCUGUUCCUUGAGGAUCAGCGUAAGGGCCAUGGGGAUGCGAUGCUGUGCUGUGCAAAGAAUAAGGACAUUCGCGAGACAACCACUGCUGGUCUUUUGCUUUGCGGAGGGGCUGCCUAUAUUUGCCAGCAUCUGUACGACAGUGCCCCAAGUGGUAGCUACGGUACAAUGACAUAUAUGGCACGAUCGGUCGCUUCAGUACUCGAGCUGCCGAAACACGGCGAUAUGGAUUGUACGAUUUCUUAAGGGGGUCGAUGUUUAAACCAGCGAAUCCAAACAAGGAUAAGAAUCGAUAUCAUAAAAAUCGGCCAACGCUUAAAUAACACUGAUUAAAGCUGAGGCUAAUUAAUUGUUGCAAGAAACCCAUCAAGGGAAUAAUUAUUUAUCCCGUUAGCGUCAUCCACUUAUGUAUUUCUGUGUUACUUAACCACAUUGCAUAUAGAACUUGAAGGUUUAGCUCGAUUAGAAGGACUCUAAUUGUUUUUUUCUUCUGAAAAUGUAGCAGAUGCGAUUUGUAAUUAACGACUAGAAAGUAGCUUUUUGGUACAUCAGGCGUGUUACGUUGACAUAAUGGUUUAAGCGAUAUGUUUUAAUCAAUGCAGAAUGGCUGGUGCAUAGUAACCAAAAGCAUUAUCCUUUGCUCUCAAAAUAAAAAAAUAUAAUUCAAUCUAUUGUUUUCUUGUUCGUUGAGACCAUCCAGAAAAUAUCCAUCCUUUAGUAGGCUUUUCGAUGAAUAUCUUACGACUGUUAUAACUGCUUACUUCGAUUAUGUGAUACCCUCUUCGUGCAGAGCAACAACAUGUAACAUCGCGUACCUAAGCGUAGGUGCCCGGGCUAAUUACAAUGAGGGAAAUGAGAUGUAAAAUAAUCGGAAUAUCGCCAUUGAGCAGAAUAAUCUUAUUGCAAAAGAUUUGAGCAUAUUUUAUUUAUAAACGGCUUGCACUCUGUUACAGAAUUGGUACCAAAGAAUGACUGUGUUAAAUAAAGAAAAAAAAAAGUAGCAAAAAGAGAAUCCGCACGUUACCGAACAUGACUUCGACGCCAACAAUGUUCGUAACUGUAGCGACAACUUCUUUGUAAUACAUUUACAGUGCUGAAACAAGGAAAUAUUCGACUAUUUCCGCUAUUUCUUGCACAUAGCAGCAUCCAACGAAUCGCAUUUCUGUUCCGGAUCCAUGCUCGUAUCCAUCUCAUCCAUCUCGUUACCGUCCCCUGGCUUAGCCUGAAGCACGAAACGUUCAAGGUUAUGUAACUCAACUGCAGGGGCUGCGUUCCUGACAUAACAGAAGAGCUUAGCCAGCUCGUCAUCAAGCGCAUCGCUUAAACGUACAUAUGCUUUGUCCAAUAUUUUACAAAGUUGAUCAACCAAGAGACGAAUUUCUCCGUUACGCGUUUCGGUGGCACAGUCAUGUUCGAACUUGGCUGGUAGCAACACUUGAAUCAAACAUUGGAUAUAAUUGCUCAUGCAGCUCCGCAUGUAUGCACUUUCGUUGCCUGUUGCCGGUAAGUGGCAUUGCAAGGAUUCUACCACCUUCGGAAUAUGGGACCGUAGCAGCUCAUCCUGAGCCAGGGAAAGUGCUUCCGUUUGCGUACACUGGGGAUAUACCUAUAU